UGUAUCUCAAACCUUGUUGGAUCAAAUCAUAGGUUAUCAGUACCAGUUUUCAGUUUAAAUCAUUUAUAAAGAGAACAGCUUCAAUGGAGGAGUUGUUUCAGUAUCAUUCAAGCUCUGAAUCAUUGUUUAUAUAGCCGUCGCCGUUGUCGGAGACCUUUUCAGGUGGCUGGGAUGAGCUUCUUCUUAACUUCAAUGACUUGGAAGAAAUGGUUUGGGUGGAUAUGGUGGCGGCGGCCUUGGAUUUGUCCAACAACUCCAUUGGAUAUUCCUAAACUGAAAGAGUUACCCAAGGAAGAGAAAGCUUACAGAGGUGUAAGGAAGCGGCCGUGGGGGAAAUACUCGGCUGGGAUUAGAGAUUCAACGAGAAAUGGGGUUAGGGUUUGGCUUGGAACAUUUGACAGUCCCGAAGCCGCGGCUUUAGCUUACGACCAAGAGGCGUUUUCGACGAGAGGAUCAUCGGCAACACUCAAUUUCCCGUUGGAAGUAGUAAGAGAAUCGCUUCCGAGCAUUAAAUACCGAUGCGAUGAAGGCUGCUCGCCGGCGUUGGCACUGAAGAGGAGACACUGUUUAAGGAAAAGAUCGAAGUGAGCACACAAAAGGAGGUAAUUUCAAGAGAGACACGACAACAAAAGAACUUGGUCGUGUGGGGAGAUUUAGGAUCUGAUUACUUGGAACAGCUUCUAAACUUGUUCAUCUUGAAACUGACGGACUUCCGACAAGAAUGGUCAUAUGUUAGAGACAGACCACUUUUGUCUCCACUUCCCAAGUAUCUAACGAGAUAGCCCGACCCUUCCUUCGGUUUCAAACAUUGUUUUCGGUUUCAUUGAAUGUUCGAGGGUUGAUUUUUCAUGGCUGUUAAUUGAUACUUGUAUGGAUAAAAUGUUUCUUUUCAAUUUUGUAAAGUUGAAACAUAUAUUUAUAUAAUGAUAAUAUUAUAU